AUGAAAACCGGCCGAGCUAGAACCGAAAAACCGGUAAAAAAACCCAGUCUCAACAAAGUGUCAAUCGAAUGUACGAAUUGGCAGCCCGGAACGAGAGCACGCGCUCCCAAUCUGGCAGCUAGUCAUUACCGAUGGGAGCAGACCACAGCAGCAUCGGGUUCCAGCCAAGCAGAGCCCGGAAAACUGACACGCAGCCAAGCAGAGGCGAACGUCGCAAGAGGCAACCUAAAACCGCAAGUCGACGGUUUACCGUCUAUUUUUCUAUUGUAUUCCUAUGCAUACACUGUACGUCCCCCGGGCCUCGCCCGCUGGCAGACACAUACUUUACCAGCGAUCGCUGUGGAAAGUCUGCUAGUUCGAGGGGACAAAUUAUGUUGUUAUUGA